UCGGUUCCUCCCUGCCUCCCUCCCUCCCUCCCUCCCUCUCUCGCUUUCUCUCUCAGAAUCUGCCUCUUAUUUCAAAGUUCAACGUUUCCUCUGGCCAUCUCAUCUUCCUUUUGCUUUCUGACCUAGCCGAAGAAAAGCACAGGUUUGUUAGUAAGUUAGUAACCUUUUAGCAACAGAUCGGACUAUAUCGGCUGCUCUAAGAGGCUUGGAUUCAGUCUUUCAUGGUAUAUGUGCUCUGACGCAUGACCAUGAUGCAUGUUUUGUAUGAGGAGGAGUACAUCCAAAACUCAAGGGGGGUGAAGCUCUUCACUUGCAGAUGGUUGCCUUCUUCUACUUCUAAAUCAUCAUCAUCAUCAUCAUCUCCAACAAGCCCAAGGGCUCUUGUCUUCAUAUGCCAUGGGUAUGGCAUGGAAUGCAGUGGCUUCAUGAGAGGUCGUGCAGAAUGCGGGAUGAGGCUGGCUACAGCAGGGUAUGCUGUGUUUGGGAUCGAUUAUGAAGGUCAUGGGCGUUCCAUGGGGGCCCGAUGCUACAUCAAGAAGUUCGAGAACAUUAUAAAUGACUGCGACGAUUUCUUCAAGUCCGUUUGCGCUCGAGGAGAGUACAGAGGCAAGAGCAGGUUCUUGUAUGGGGAGUCCAUGGGAGGAGCAGUCGCUUUGCUUCUUCACAAGAAAGACCCCACAUUUUGGACCGGCGCAGUUCUCGUCGCGCCAAUGUGUAAGAUAUCAGAGAAGGUGAAGCCACAUCCUGUGGUAGUGAAUCUUCUGACAAAGGUGGAGGAGAUCAUUCCUAAAUGGAAAAUUGUGCCCACAAAAGAUGUUAUCAAUUCGGCCUUCAAGGACCCCAUCAAAAGGGAACAGGUCAGGAGCAACAAAUUGAUAUACCAAGACAAACCCAGGCUAAAAACAGCUCUGGAGAUGCUGAGAGUUAGCAUGAAGCUCGAAGAUACUCUACACGAGGUUACCUUGCCGUUCUUCGUGCUGCAUGGGGAAGCAGAUGUGGUGACGGACCCGGAGGUGAGCAAGUCGUUGUAUGAGCAGGCGAACAGCAGGGACAAGACCAUUAGACUGUACCCCGGAAUGUGGCACGGCCUCACAUCCGGAGAGCCAGAUGACAACAUCGAGAUUGUCUUUGCAGAUAUCAUCACCUGGCUUGAAAGACGCAGCAAGGAGAAGCAUCACGAUCGUGCUGUGAGCGCCCAGUCUCCAUCUCAAUCAUAUUUGAGCAACGGCAUCGAGAGACUGGCCAUCUCUGCCACGAUGGGCACACUAAGGACCCCGCAGAGGCAGUCGAAUAGCGGUAGCUACCUGUGUGGAUUGAAAGGCCGCCGGUCGUUCCGGCACUCUGCAAUGUAGCUCACCCUGCAUCUGUGGUUUAGCCAGAUUGUUGCUUCGAUGUCGUAUGUGGGCCGUGUUGGACGGGUGAUCAUCGGAAUUGGUGUAUUUGAGUCUAAUUCAAGUGUAACUAUAAGAGAAUGAGGGAAAUAAUGUUGUUGAAUAAAUAUUUCUGCAUUCGGGUUAUAGAAUGUGUCGGAGAUCAUAUAUUAUCAAUGAUAUAUCACCGUAACUCGAAUUGCAUGUA